UUUUGUUUUCUGCACUGCGACUUUUUCUUGGCCUAUCUUCUGUCUCUUUUUUCUUGACUCCUUUAGACUCUGUUCAGAGGCUGCGGCAGGCCCUUGCAACUUUUACUCGCGUGCCCACCUGUCAGUUCGCAAUGUUUCUCUAAUUCGGCGCGUGCAGGCAACGGUUAAUUUCACGCUACCUUCGCCCAUACAACCGGGAUAUUCAGAACAGUCGGGAUCUGGAGGCGUCGAUUUCUUUGUAAAAUGUCUUCGAUACUGCCUCAAAGCAGCGAUUCUGCAAAUGCACAGGGGUCGAGUCCAGCCUUUGCGUCGAACGGGAAGGCGUCGGCGGUACUUCCGACAGUUACGCACCAAGCUGUCGAAUUGAAGAAUAUGGCAUCUGGCUCACAAGGCGUCAAGGGGUCGAUUCCCCUGGGGGAAGAUAUCAUGCAGCUCGCCCGGAUAGGAGAAGUCGGCCCUAUGCAGAAGCUAUUUGAAACCAAGAAGCUCAGCGCGAAAUACACGGAUGAGGAAGGGAUCACACCAUUGCAUUGGGCAGCAAUUAACAAUCGGUAUGCAAUGUGCAAAUUUCUACUAGACUCCGGUGCCGAUGUGAAUGCAAAAGGAGGCGAGUCUGUAGCUACGCCAGCGAUGUGGGCUGCUCAGCGUUGUCACUACUACAUUGUCAACCUUCUACUGCAGCAUGGAGCCGAUCCUCUCCUUACCGACGCCCAAGGAUACACCAUUCUACACCUGGCGACCAUUGACGGGAAUGCAUUCUUAGUCGUGCUGCUAUUACAUCAAGAGAUCCCAGUCGACGUUGCCGACCCGCAGGGGCAUACAGGGCUUAUGUGGGCAGCAUAUAAAGGAUACCCUGCAUGUGUAGAUCUAUUCCUGCGCUGGGGCGCGAACGUGAAUGUUGCUGAUGACGGUGGUCUUACACCCCUGCAUUGGGCGUUGGUGAGGGGGUCACUGCCCUGCAUACAAAAACUUAUAGAGUAUGGCGCAGAUCGGUUUGCGAAGACGAAUGAUGGCAAAACCCCGGCCAAGGUAGCCGAAGAAAUGAAUACGCUGCCUCUCUGGCUCCGUGCACUCGAUGAAUGUGGCUAUGAGCCCGAUGGGAACCUAAGGAUCUUUCCUCUAGGCUUGACUGGUUUCCUACGGAGCAAGAGUCUUAUGUGGAAAUUUUUCUUCUUUUGGCCGUUCUUCAUGGUUGCAGCCGGAGCAUGGAUUUUCAGCAACCUGACAAUAUUCGUUGCUGUCCCUUUUGCGGCAGUCGUACUGUUCUUACUGCAGUGGGUAGCGCAACAGAUUGCCAGUCGAGGCCCAGCAGAUUACAGGAUACUUCAAAAAACACCGUAUCUAUCAGGUAUCUUUGCGGGAUCGUUGUUUUGGGUCGGCGUCCGAUACGUUUUCAAGGUUCUCCCAGUGACAUACUCGUUAUAUCCCAUUUUAAAUAUAUUAUUUACGACCUUCUUCUGCCUUACGACAUUCUUUUUUAUCAUCUCAAUGACUGAAGACCCUGGAUUUGUUCCCAAACUUGGCAGCAGGAACCAGGAGGGAACAGUGAUCAAGGAACUCUUUGAUCUGUGGAAGUUCGACGAGGAAAACUUUUGUGUAUAUUGUAUGAUUAGGAGGCCAUUGCGAAGCAAGCAUUGCAGGCGAUGUGGACACUGUGUUGCAAAACAUGACCACCACUGCCCUUGGAUCGACAAUUGCGUGGGAGCAAAUAACCUACGCCAUUUCGUGUUGUACAUUACUUGUCUGGAAAUUGGCAUCAUUCUUUUUGUGCAGUUGACCGUGUCCUAUAUCAAUGUUCUGCCGCCACCUGAGCAAACUCAGUGUAAUGUUAUCAAUGAUACUCUGUGUAGUUGUGUGCUCCGAGAUACCUUCACCAUCAUCCUGGUCAUCUGGAUAACGCUGCAGCUGGUGUGGGUUACCAUGCUGUGCGCUGUCCAACUCAUGCAGGUUUCAAGGAACUUGACGACGUACGAGAAUAUGAGAGGUCAGUCAAUUGACAGGGCAUAUCCAAGCUCGCAAGCCCUCGCCUCUGCUUUGACAGCUGGGACAACGUCACUAGAGGCCGCUGGACUUUCAGCAGCCGGGCAAGGCCCCAAUCCCAAUGUUUUGCGGGCGGCUGCUCCUUACGCUCAUCGCCAUGCAGGUCGUGGUUGCUUCCAGCAGCUGAAGACGGUUCUUGGGAUCGAUGCAUUCUUCGCGACGGCACGAGAUGGAUUCAAAGGUGAAGGGCGCACUGGUCGACCAAAGAACCCGUUCUCCCGCGGCAUUAUGGGAAACUGUCGCGAUUUUUGGUGUGAUCCGGCUCCAUACUUCGGAAAAAGAGACACGGGUUCGGGUAUGCUUGAUGGUGAGGUAGUGGACUACUAUAGGAUGUAUGAGGUUCCGCCGCGGCUGCAUAGUGGCUACCGCAGUGUGGUGAACGGUGAUCCGGAGGAGAAUGCCUGAAGUGUUUUUAUUAUUUCUGUCUUUUCUUUCUCCCUGUCUUCAAUACUUUUCCGAUCCGUGCCGCCAUGGUGCGACUUGAUUGGUUUCUAAAGCAAGUUAAUGAUUUUAAUGUUAAUGACCUCACGGUAUAUAUCAAAAGGAUACAGGUAAAUGAGUAUUGGG